AUGCUGCAGACAAUCGACGAUUUGACAAAGGUAGCCCCGCUGUCGUUUGAGAAUUGUAAGCGCAACGCGCAGCUUCCUCAGGACUUCCUUGCAGAGUGUUCAAAGAGCUUCAAAAAAACGGGCACGACCAUCAUGGGCCUCACCUUCAAAGGUGGUGUCAUCCUCGCCGCAGAUACUCGUUCAACAGGCGGACCUGUGGUCAUGAAUAAAAACAAGAAGAAGUUGGUGUGCAUAAAUGAACAGAUGUACAUGGCUGGUGCCGGCACAGCUGCAGACACGGCUGCGGUUGGGCGGAUGGCCGCAUCAAGUCUUAGGCUCCAUGCAUACAAGACCGGUAGGAAACCCCUAGUGCAAUCCGCUGUGAAGCUUAUCUCGGAUCAUCUAUUUCGCUACAUGGGUUACGUCUCUGCAUACGUGAUUAUCGCUGGAGUUGAUUAUAAAGGGGCUCAUCUAUGUAGCAUCGACGCCCACGGCUCCAUCACUGCUCAGCCCUUCGUGACCGAUGGGUCUGGCCGCCUCGCAGCCCAGUCCAUGCUCGAAAAGCACUGGAAGCCGGACAUGGAGGAGAAUGACGCCGUAGAGUGCGCCUGCAAAGCUGUUGAAGCCGGUGUUUUCAACGACCUUGGCUCUGGAAGCGGAGUAGACCUGGUGAUUCUCCGCCUGGACGGGACAAGCGAACUGAAGCACUGCAUCCGCGAGUCCGGGAGCUAUUCCGGAAGUGCACCUACAGGGGUUUACUAUUAA